CUUCCAAUUGGAAUAGUCAAUCCCAUAAACCACUGGAAUUUCUGGCUCUCGUUUCAUCACUUUGUAUCUUGGGGCAUGAUACCGCGGCAUAUUGUUAAAGUUUGCGGGGUAGCAUUGUAGCGUACCCGAGCUUUGCCCAUCGUAUGCCAGCGCUGAAGAUCAUUCAACCUCUUUCAAUUAAUUAUAUAAACUCGGAUCCUCGGUACUGUACAGGAAGCUCGAUCGUUCUUCUUUCCCCGAAUUCUUCACUUCAAAAACACUUGUCAAGAUGCCUUCCAUAUCAGCCUCAGCAGUCUCACUUAUCAUAAAAUACUUCCACCAGGAAAAGUCCAUCCUGGACAACGAAGAGAAAGUGCAUCAACUCAUUCAAAGCAAACACCUUCGACCCCAAGAUCAUCGUCCCCCAAAGAAUCUCGGCUCAAACAUCACCAUUACUCGCGUCGAUGUACAUGAAUGGCCUUUAUAUAAAAUAUCCACAAAGAAUUCUCAGAAUAAGAAUCAACAGCGCAAAGCUCUUCUUUACCUCCACGGCGGUUCUUUCUUUGAGGAAAUAUUCGCUCAACAUUGGCAACUCGCUGCUGAGAUCGCUCGCGAAACGGAUCUCGAUGUGUUGAUACCGAUUUAUCCACUUCUUCCAAGGCCAGUGGCUACAGCGCAAAAGCUCAUGGAUGGGUUUGUUGACAUUUGCCGAUUAUCGAAGCAACCCGUUGUGAGCAUAGCGGGUGAUUCGGCAGGCGGUACGCUCGCUCUAUCAACAACUCUUCACCUACGAGACACACAACCCGAACUAUUCGCAAAACUGCGCUCAUUGAUUCUGAUAUCGCCUCUUCUCGACUGUGCAGUCGAUCAUCCUGAGGCACUACGUCUAGCCGAGAUUGAUUUCUGGCUCGGUUUAACUAGUCUACGCAUCGCAGGAAAGAUGUUUGCAGCAGAUUUACCGAUCAAACAUCCCCUCGUUAGUCCACUGUACGGAAAUAUAGAUAAUAUUCCGCCGGUGCUUAUGUUUGGUGGUCCGAAAGAUUCGCUCUGUGCUGAUGCUAGACGGUUGAAGUCCAAGUUGCUAGGGAAAGGCGUGGAUGAGGCUCCGGCGGGGAGUGUAGAGACGGAUCGGCUUGUGUAUGUUGAGAAGGAGGUGAAGGCGCUGAGGGGCGAAGGAUGA